GAGACAGGAUCCAUGGCAACAAUCAUGGCAGAGGCAGAGACCCGUCAGAGGCUGCUGCGCACCGUCAAGAAGGAGGUGAAGCAGAUUAUGGAGGAAGCCGUCACCCGGAAAUUUGUUCACGAAGACAGCAGCCAUAUUGUGUCCUUUUGUGCUGCAGUGGAGGCAUGUGUUUUGCACGGGCUGAAGCGGCGAGCAGCGGGUUUUCUGCGUAGCAACAAGAUAGCAGCGCUCUUCAUGAAGGUGGGGAAGAGCUUCGGCCCAGCUGAGGAGCUGUGUAGGAAGGCCCAGGAGCUCGAGCAGAUCAUCGAGACAAAACGAAGUCAAAGCUUGCAAAGUCAAGACAGCCUUCGCAAGAUGCCUCGCUUGCCCAGCCUCAACCCACAGGGAGUCAAGAACCUGUGGAUCCGUACCGCUCUAUUUGAGAAGGUGCUCGACAAGAUUGUGCUCUACCUGGUGGAGAACAGCAGUAAAUACUACGAGAAAGAGGCUGUUCUAAUGGACCCUGUGGACGGACCUAUCCUUGCGUCUUUGUUAGUUGGACCUUGUGCUUUGGAGUACACAAAGAUGAAAACAGCCGACCACUUCUGGACGGACCCGUCUGCUGACGAGUUGGUGCAAAGACAUCGUAUCCAUGGUGGCCACUGUAGACAGGAUUCUCCCACUAAGAGACCUGCACUGUGUAUCCAAAAGCGGCACUCCAGCAGCAGCAUGGAUGAACGCCCUUCCCCCUCGCCGUCAGCUCGUGAAUAUGUGGAGUCACUACAUCAAAACAGCAGAGUGACCCUACUGUUUGGCAAAAACAAUGUGCUCGUACAACCGAGGGACGACAUGGAGGCUAUCCCAGGUUAUCUCUCUCUGCACCAGAAUGCUGACCUCAUGACUCUGAAGUGGACGCCCAAUCAGCUCAUGAACGGCUCUGUGGGAGACUUGGACUAUGAACGCAGUGUAUACUGGGACUAUGCCAUGACGAUCCCUCUAGGAGAUAUAGUUUACUUGCACUGUCAUCAACAAGUUGACAGUGGGGGGACGGUGGUGCUGGUCAGUCAGGAUGGGAUCCAAAGACCUCCUCUUCGCUUCCCCAGAGGAGGCCACUUGCUCCAGUUCCUCUCCUGCCUGGAGAAUGGCUUGCUUCCCCACGGCCAGCUGGACCCGCCGCUCUGGUCCCAGAGGGGAAAGGGUAAGGUGUUUCCCAAGCUGCGAAAGAGGGUUCCUCAGGGAUCUGGAUCCUCGGACUCGGUCUCAGAUAAGGAGGAGGACGAGGCCACAGACUAUGUCUUCCGCAUCCUCUUUCCAAACAGCCAGUCAGAGUUUGUGACUCCUCCAGACUUGAUGGAUCAGGGAGCUACAAUGUGGCAUCCCACUCUCAGGAAGUCCUCAUGUUCCUCUUGUUCUCAGGGGAGCCUCUCUGAUGGGGCAACGCCCAAGGGGUGCAACCAUGAGAGGGCUCCUCUGAAGCUGCUGUGCGACAACAUGAAGAAUCAGAUCAUCUCUCGGGCGUUUUAUGGCUGGUUAGCAUACUGCCGUCACCUGUCCACUGUGCGUACACACCUCUCUGCUCUCGUCAAUCACACCAUUGUGGCACCUGACAUGCCGUGCGAUGCCUACACAGGGCUCACCACAGAUGUGUGGCAGACGUAUCUCCAGGACUGCACAGCAUACGAGGAGAAGGAGCUGCUUCGUCUGGUCUACUUUGGUGGCGUGGACGCCUCGCUGCGUAAAGAGGUGUGGCCUUUCCUGCUGGGUCAUUACCAGUUUGGAAUGUCAAAAGCUGAGAGGAAGGAGGUGGAUGAUCAGGUCCGAGUGUGCUACCAACAGACCAUGCGUGAGUGGCUCGGCUGUGAGGAGAUUGUCCGCCAGCGAGAGAAGGAGCAGCACGCCGCAGCGUUAGCAAAGUGCUCUUCUGGAGCGAGCAUGGACAGUCAGAAGAUGACCCACCACAACUCCACCAUCAGCAAUGAGUCCUCUCAAAGUUCAGAAAGGCAGAGUCUGGCUCGCCUGCAGAGUGAUUCCAGCAGCAGCACACAGUUCUUUACAUCCUCCCAUCCCUUCCCCUGGAGUAGCUUGCUUCCCUUUGGCUUGUUCUUUCAGGUGUUUGAGUCUGUAGAGGAGGUGGACCAGAUCGAGACGGAGCCCAAGAGUGAAGAGGCCAAACAGGUGCCAAAGAUACCAAAUGGAGCCCUGCAGAACGGGACAAGCUCUCCUGACUCUGGACAUCCUUCUUCUCGCAACUUCUCAGUCACCUCUGGCUUGUCUGACGGCUCCCUCAGCACAGAGGACAGCGCUGCACCUGAUAUGAUCCUGAGAGCUGCAGCUGUCCCUCAGGUGCCACAGAGCCCAGUCAAACCUGCAGGGGUGGGGAGUGAAUAUCUGACAGAGGAGAUGGACAGCCAGGUGAAAGGAAAAGAGAUGGACAAAGAGCAGGAGAAGGAGAAAGCACCUGAUGCAACGAAAACUGGAGAAAAUACAGAGGAGCUGGUGAAUGCCAACCAAGAUACAAGUCUUCAAAACAAAAUACAAAAAACUGUUGAGGAGUCUGCAGCAAUUAAAACAGAGUGGCCCAAGUGUGAAGAUCAAGAUGUGCUGGCAGACAUUCAAGCAGUUAAAUCUUUAGAGUUUGGGGAAACAGAAAAAGAAGUGCCAGAUGAAGAUACAUCAGUGAUUUCAGCAGCUGCUACAGAAUCAAAAGGAGAACUUGUUGAGCAAAGUCUCAAAAAAGAAGCAGAUGUGUCUUUUGAGGAAGCAACAAAGCUUAAGAAAACUUCAGAAGCAAAUGUUGAAAAGACAAAGGAAAUAAACGAAUCAAAGACAAGUAAACCAGAAAUGUUGGCAGAAAGAGAAAAUAUAUCCGUUGAUCCUGUGGCUCCCAAAAUUGAAAAGAACCUGCUUUUCUCAUCAGAUACCGCGGUCUCAAGAGCAAGAGAAGCCUACUUUAUCUCUCAGACAGACGAGCCUCAGGUCAUGACUGAAUCUGACGAGUCUCCCUCUGCCAUAGAGAUGGAGGAAAUUCCCAAAGCCAAAGUUUCCAUGGUGCCUUGGAGCAGGAGGGGACGUCAUGAAGCAUCCUCUCUUUCUGAGGACUCGGCCCCCCACAUGGAGCUCAGGCAGAGGGAUGAGCAGGGAAAGCCCAGUCCAGAGAGCACAGAGUCCAUCCUUUGUGAGGAGCCAGAGAUGGACAGCCUUUACCCAAACUUUGGCUCUCUGGCCGAGUCUGGAGACACCAAGAAUAAAGCGACCUCUCAAGAAUCUGCUGGGAGCAUCUUCUCUCAAGAGCUCCUGGACUUGUACACGUUAAAUCUUCACCGCAUUGAAAAGGAUGUCCAACGUUGUGACCGAAACUAUUGGUACUUCACUCCUGCCAACCUGGAGAAACUGCGUAACAUCAUGUGCAGCUAUAUCUGGAGGCACCUUGACAUCGGUUACGUGCAGGGCAUGUGUGAUCUGCUGGCUCCACUUCUAGUCAUUCUGGAUGACGAGGCCAUGGCCUUCAGCUGCUUCACUGAGCUCAUGAAGAGAAUGAAUCAAAACUUUCCUCACGGAGGAGCUAUGGAUACUCACUUUGCCAACAUGCGCUCUCUAAUCCAGAUCCUGGAUUCUGAGCUGUUUGAGCUAAUGCACCAGAACGGAGACUACACCCACUUCUACUUCUGCUACCGCUGGUUUCUCCUAGACUUCAAGCGAGAGCUGGUGUAUGAUGACGUAUUUGCAGUGUGGGAAACUAUCUGGGCAGCCAAGCAUGUCUCUUCCAGUCACUUUGUCCUCUUCAUUGCACUGGCGCUGGUGGAGAUCUACAGGGACAUAAUCCUGGAGAACAACAUGGACUUUACUGAUAUCAUUAAGUUCUUCAAUGAGAUGGCUGAGCACCACAACAUAACGCAGAUUUUGACCCUGGCCAGAGAUCUGGUGUGUAAGGUGCAGCUGCUGAUAGAGAACAAGUGAUGUUGCCGUUUGUUAUUUCUUAACUUCCAAGUAAAGUGUGACUGGCUGUAGCAGCGCAAGAGUAAAAUACAUGUAAGCACACACACACACACUCUCUCUCUCUCUCUCUCUUU